AUGCUGUGUGCAAGAAUAUGUUCUCGUGUGGAACCGCCCCGGCGGCGGCGGAAGCGGCGGUUCCUCGUCAUCGUUUCCGUUGGACGUAUCUUUACUGUCCCUCGGCGGGGUGUCUUCGUCUUUGGCGUCUCCUCCGCUGCUGGAGGGGUCAGCUGUAUCUUCUUUAUUGGCGUUUUCGUCCGGUUUCGGGGUUUUCUUGCGGCCUAAGACACCGCAGAGGAAUGAAACUGCAACAAAUUGAUGCAAGAAAAAAGAAGAAUUCGUGAUCAGAUCAGCAGAUGAAUCGUUCAUUCUCUUUCUUUUAAAAUUUUUGUAGAGUUAUGUAAAGGGAUGAUACAAACAGAUCAUCUAUCCUUGUGACCUAAAGGAUUUCUUUUCCCCAUGGAAACUGGGAACCACCAAGAUCGCAGAGACACGAUUGAAUUUCUUCAAGCAUGAACAUAUGUACCAAAGUGGAGACUACAAACAAAUAUAUUUCUGGGAUUUGCAGCAGCUACUGUUUGUGAGGACGAAAGGCGACGUUCAAAGUUGGGCACCUCUAUUCUAGCUACAGCAUUAAAAUUUGACGCUUCUAUCUGAGAGAAGACAUUUAGUAAAAUUCUGACUUUCUGAGGGGGAACCAGCUAAUUAAUUGAGGUUAAAUGGCGGCAAGCAAUUCGAGCAGCAGUAGUCGAGGCAGCAAAUUCAAUAAAGUCUGUGUCUUCUGUGGAAGCAAUUCGGGCCACCGGAAAGUCUUCAGUGAUGCUGCUAUUAACCUGGGAAAUGAACUGGUGAAUAGGAAGAUAAACUUGGUGUAUGGUGGAGGUAGUAUUGGGCUAAUGGGAUUAAUUUCCCGAAGAGUCUCUGAUGGUGGCUGCCAUGUUCUUGGUGUAAUUCCCAAAGCUCUAGUUCCCAUUGAGAUAUCAGGAGAGAGUGUUGGCGACACCAAAAUUGUGGCGGACAUGCACGAGCGUAAAGCUGUAAUGGCGCGGGAGGCCGAAGCAUUUAUUGCUCUUCCUGGAGGAUACGGGACCAUGGAAGAGCUACUGGAGAUGAUAACGUGGGCACAACUUGGAAUUCAUAGGAAGCCAGUUGGUUUGCUGAAUGUGGAUGGAUACUACGAUUCUUUGCUGAAGCUAUUCGACAAAGGCGUUGAAGAAGGCUUCAUUGAACCUGCUGCUCGCCGCAUAGUUCUUUCAGCUCCCACUGCCAAACAGCUUCUAACAAAGAUGGAGAUGGAGGUAUAUGUUCGUUUCCAUGACAUUGUCGCCCCUGCAGGUUUGGAGAUGGAACUGGAAGAUACAUGAUGGACUGGAUAUUCUUGUUUUUGUCAGCUGGUUUUAACUAAUAAUGUAUAAUACAUAGAUACACGCCCCUGUUCCUGUUGUGAUUAAGUUAUUGUGCAGUGUGUUUGUUUUUUGAGAUAGCACAGAACGUACACUCAGCUGAUUUGCUGUGAUUCAGCACCAUUGAUGUCGGUCCUCUCUCUUGCUUGCUUUAGAAUUGUUGCAAUUUGAUUUCAUGUUGUCAAUUA